GAAAUCUUCAACCCACUACUGCUCCUCCUCCCUUUUCGCCAUAUAUAUCAUGGCCACGCUCUCUUCCUUCCCCGAAUCGCCCAUUUCUCUUCCGGCGACUAUCAAUAACAGAAAUAAGGGGGAAAAAAAAAUGCUUUUGAGUCCAUACUUCGCCAAGUGCUUCGAUUCGCAGAAGACGGAAGAACAAAAAGAAGACGAACUCCAUGCCUUCCAGCAGCACAAGAAGGAAAUCUUAACCCUACCUCUGCAGCAAGGAUGGCGACAUUUCUCUCUCCGCUUCUACAAAGGCUUCUGGUUCGCCGAAUUCAUCCUCCCAGGUGUUCUCUCCCUUCGCCGCCACUUCCUCCCCAACCCUUCAGACAUAUUCCUGGCCAGCUACCCCAAAUCCGGCGCAACAUUGCUCAAAGCUCUCGUCUUUGUGAUCUCCACCCGCAACCCUGAUUCGCUCCUAUCAUGCCACCCACAUGACUGCUCUCCUUAUUUGGAGGGCCUUUUCGCCGGCCCCCAAGUUCCCGACCUAGACAUGUUACCCUCCCCGCGACAGUUGGCCACCCACAUUCCUUACUCUGUUCUGCCGGAAUCCGUCCGAGAGUCUCCCUGUAGAAUCAUAUACCUUUGCAGGGAGCCGAAAGAUACGCUCGUGUCCACUUACCACUUCUUCAAUGGAAUGCGCCGCCCUGAGUCUUCUCAGCAACCCAUGCCGUUCAUGGAGGCCAUGGACCUCUUCUGCAAGGGGCAGUCGAUUUACGGUCCUGUGUGGGAGCACCAGAUGGAGUACUGGAGGGAGAGCCAGAGGCGACCUGAUAAGGUUCUAUUUCUCACGUACGAGUAUCUGAAAGCGGAUCCCGAGACCAGUGUGAGAAGGAUGGCGGAAUUCAUGGGGAUGCGCUUCACGGCGGAGGAGGAGAUGAGCUGCAUGGUGGGCGAGAUUGUCAGACAAACCAGCAUUGAGAAGUUUAGCGGAUUGGAGGUUAAUAAGGUGGGGAUGAAGUUUGAGGAGACUGAAUGGGCAAUAAAAAACUCUUCUUUUUUUCGGAAUGGGAGGGUCGGAGAUUGGAGAGAGCAUUUUACUGCGGAGAUGGCGGAGAGGCUUGACGCCAUUACUAAAGACAAACUGCAUCAGCUUUCCCAUUCGAAUGAAUCCUAGGCACGAAGCGUCGCAACUGAAUUAGGCUUUAGAGUUUUUUUAUUUAUUUAUUUUUUGUUUUAUAUUUUAUCUUUGAAAUAAGCAUGAAAUAUAAUAAAUGUAAGUCUAUUUUUAAUAGGCUUCCCACUGGAGCUAGAAUUUCUCUUAUCGAAAUGGACCAGUCCUGUUUUAUUCCUAUGAUUUAUUCAGCUUAUUAUCAUGGGAAAAUGUUAGAUCCGGAUGUUCUUCUAGGUCUCCACAUCAAUAAGAUAACGCUAUGUGAGCACG